AGAAAAUGAAAGCGAAAGCUUCCUGACAUACACAGUUCUACACGGAGAACCAAAUUGGAAAUCACCAAUGAAUAAUCGCCAUGGGUCUGCUGCUGGAGUUUUUUCUAUGCUCUUUUAUAGCAACAGGUGUGCACUGUGUUAAUCAGAUCCAAUGGCUGCCCUGUCAGUUCACAGAUGAGCAUGUGAGCCUCAAUAAUGAGGGCCACAUUGAGACUCAGCUCAUCCAUAGACAGGCCAUGCUGCAGUUUGGUCAAAAAGGAGACACUCCUGUUAAUCCAGAUGCCAUCACUUUCCUGAUCACUGGAUCCAAGCUGGACCUGCGGCGGUAUCUGGAUGGGGUGGAAGCAGAGCAGCUGGAAUGUGAGCUGCGAAGGUACAGCACAGAGGGCAUACACAUCCACUGGCCCAGCCAGGAAGCGAAGGAUUACAACCGGUGGUUCACCUGCACCCUGAAGCAAGACAAGGGCCUGUUCACGGUCACCGGCUUCCUCAGACAUCCGUCUAACGAACCUCCACCGGGGCAGCAGGACUACCGCAGCUGGCCCGCUAUCGCUGACACUGAGAUCCUGACUACAUCUGUUGCCAUGGUUACCAAAACACAGACUCCCUCUGUGAAAGCCACCCUUGGUUCUCAGCAGAGGCUCCACUGCCAGUUCGGCGUCGAUCACCGGGGAGCAAACAUCACGGUGGAGUGGCACUGGCAGCAGCGUGGAGAGAGGACCAAACUCUUCGGCCACUCCAGCCGGACGGGGCAGAUCCAGGGCUCCGGAGUGGGGAAAAAGGCCCUCGCUGGAGGAGAUGCCACCUACACGCUGCCCUUCACCAAGAUGAGCAGUGAAGGGACAUACAUUUGCUCUGUGCUUGUAAAUCCACUGUUUGGGAAUCAGGACGUAGUGCUGCAUAUCGAAGAGCCUCCCCGUGUCUCCCUGAACGUGGGCAGUGUUCUAUCUGUGCUGGACGACGCUGAACAGAAGGUUGUCUGCGAGGCAGAGAACUACUACCCUCUGGACGUGGAGAUAAAAUGGUACGAGCAGGACCCGGCGGCGUUGGGUCAGCGGGUCGGGGCCCCGCUUCCCAAGAUGCUGCAGAACAUCCUGCUGUCCAGCCACAAGCACAACCAGGACAUGACCUACUCCUUGUCGGGCUUCUUCUACCUCAAGGCUUCGCUCGAGGCUUCUGGGAGGCAGUUCACAUGCAUCGUCUCCCAUAAGUCGCUAAGAAUGCCCAUCAAGAAAAGCUUCAUCCUGCAAGUUGAAGAGCCGACCAGCUGGACCUUUUACCUCAUGGUUUUCUUCAUCUUGGCCUUCCUUCUCGUUGUUCUGGUUGUGAUGCUGUCUGCCCUGCACACAGCAAUGAAAAAGUCUAAGCAGGAUAAACCAUACUGAGCAGCGAUGGACCAUGAAGGGAAUGAACACAACCAGCCUGGACUUCCUGACUUCUUCCUCCAUGUGCCUUUUAUGAUGAUCAUGAUAAUUUUGGACUUAUGUGAAGCUUCUGUUUUCUACAUUGCACUGACUUUAAUGUAAUUUUAAGAAUGAUAAUUCCUGGAUACAAAAACUUGACAAACUAAGAAACAAAAAAAUUACUCAAGUUUGACAAUUUAAUGUGUCUUUUGCUACUAAUUGAGGUAUGGAGCCCCAGCAUGUAUUCUGACUAAAUAUUGAAGAAGUUGUAUUUAUUACCAGAGCUACAAUUCCAUGCAAACGUUUUCACCCCCUUUGACUUUUUCACCCCCACAGUUUGCAGCAUUAAAGUCAAUAUUUCAUACUAUUUUCAGGGUUUUAUGGUGUAGAACAAUUCAAAGUGAAUAAAUCUCAAGAGGAAAAAUGAUGCAGGCAUGGUUUGCAACAUUUUUACAAAUAUAAAUCAUAAAGUGUGCCGUCCAUUUAUAUUUCUGCCAACUGAGUGAAUACUUUGUAGAAUCACCUUUAGACAGCUACAAAUCUUUCCAAACCAAAACAUUUGCCGAUUCUUCUCUUAAAUAGUUCAAGCUCAGGCAGAUUGGAUGGAGAACAUCUGUGAACAGCAGCGUUUAAUUCUUGCCAAAGAUUCUUAAUUAGAUUUAGGUCUGGACUUUGACUGGACCAUUCAAAAACAUGAAAAUACUUUGUUCUAUACCAGGAGUCUGUAACCUUUACAACCUAAAGAGCCAUUUUUUCUCUCAGGCCAGACAAAAACAAAAAACAAAAAAAAAACUCAUUUAGAGCUGCAAAAGACAACUUAUAUAUAAAUAUCUACUUUGGGGAAUGUGUUGCCAUAAUU